AUGGCGGUAUCGACGGAGCGUAAGAUGGAAGCGCACAGCGCCGCAUCCUCGUCAAGUGACGCCGUACACCCCGGAGAGAUAGUUGUUCCGCCGGAAUCUCCGUGUAUCAACCAAAGCAAGAAAGGCCUAGCAGCACCUGGGAAUGGGGAUGGAGAUGGCGACGCCGCUGAAGAGGGGGAAGGUCGUGAAGUGGGUGGAGAGAAGGAGGACGGCGAGAUAGAGGAAGAGGCAGAAGUCGAGUUGGAGAUUGAGCACAAGGGCAAGGAGAAGGACCAAGCGACAGCAGCUAAAGAUCACGACGAAAGUGUGUACAAAGGCAAAGGCAAGGAGAAAGUGCUGGAAGAAGAAAGAGACAAAGACGAAAGGCAAGAGACCGGAGACAGUGAACCCAAACGCAUCUCGUUGUCCGAUGAUCUAAAGCGUACGCACAUCUCGUUGGCCGAUUACCAGAAGCGCAAGCAAAUUCCGAGCGUACAGGAAUCGGGACUUCAAGAUGUUCGAGGCAUCUCUGCACAGCGCACAGUCAUAUGCUCCCGUUCGGAUACCAGAAAUACCAUUUCUCACGACAAGAUCCAUGAUAACGUACCAUCCACGAUAAACCCACCGUCCAUACCUCGCCGCAGGAACGCUUCUGAAUCGCCACCUCCCGCCCCCCGUGACAAACGGAAAGCCGCUCACGCCCUCUCCACCAAGGGAAAGCUUGGGCUCUAG